AUGGAAGACACUCGAACCCAAACUAAAGAGCUGGUGACACUAAUACGCUCUGAAUACCGGGAGCUACGACAGUGGCUCCAAAGAGUGAAUUGUCAACAGUAUUAUUCAAAACUUGUUGAUCAUGGAAUCACUUUCGAUUUGGUUACAGAGCUCGAUUCAGAGGCUUUACGAGAACUCGGGAUCACGAAAGUGGGCGACAGAAUAAGAAUGGAGAUUGCCAUUGCUGCUCUUCGAGUGGAACGCCUAUCUUCCACAGCGAUUCGCUUUGAGGACAUAGAUCGGCUACUCCGAGAAGCAAUCGGUGAGGGUGUAUAUCACCUGGCGCCGACACUAUACAAAGAAGCUCUGACUGCACCUGCACUGCCACUACCACCUGCUGAGGUACUGACCCCAAGCAAAGAGACUGGUUCUAGCUCGCGAGAUAAAACAGCCACUUUCAUUCUUCAAGAUGGACUGGUCAAAAAAAUCAAUAUAAGUGGCUGCUUUAAUGCCCAGCUGAUCAAGCGGAAGGUUUUGAAGAAGCUCGGUUUCAAACAACCUGAUAUUGCCUAUGACGCUUACAUACAUUCCAAAACAAACUCGAAAAACGCAAUAGUGCUGUUGCUUUUUGAUGUUGAGCUAGUCACUGUGUGCUAUACUCCAGAAAGAGACGAAAGGCAUCGCAUCAUGUUUUGUCCACAUGGCGAGGAACCACUGGAGCAAGCACAAGAAACUCUGCGAAAGAUCAGUUUAAAACAAGGGAAAACUGCUUCUCGCAUGAAAGACUUGAGUGAAUUUCAUAUCUCUGAAUCACAGCCGUCGAAUCAACCACUCAGGAACUUUUUUGGUCAGAGACCCCCUUCAGAACUUAUCUCCUCAAAUUUGGCUGAAUAUUUUCCUGAAACUAAGCAGAAAGAUCUUGAGCAAACAGUCAAGAAUUCCGUACGCCAUUCGGUUAGAUUACUGAAAAGAAUCCCCGGUAUACUGUCUCUGGGUUCGCUGAUAAUGCUGGCCAAUAAUCUGAUGUUUACUAGACGCAUGCUGGACAUGCUGAGCUUCUCUCAAGCUGGUGUCAGGAAAAAUCUGGUGCGAACCAUUGGUGAUGUCAUGGUGAACAACAUCACUGCUAUUGAUGAGGCUGUGAGUACGACUGGCGACAACCAACUGAUUGUACUGAAGCUGCCGCUGCUCAAUCUGGGGUCCAAUGCCGAAGUUAGACUGAUCACUCUGGUUCAAUCACAGCAACUGCGUGGUUUAAUACCCCCAAGAAUUCCUUAUGCAGCUCUGUUCGCUGAACCGCAACAUGGUAAUAAUCGAAGCUCAAGAAUAGAGUUGUUCCAUGUCGAUUCAAGCGAUGAUGAGCUGGAGGAUGAAGAAGGGUUUGAUUCGUCUUCCCAACUGUUGGGUGGCAUAGAGGGGCCUAAACAUUGGCUCAAGGGCGCAAGAAUCGGCGCUGGAUCAUUCGGAACAGUUUUCCUUGGCAUGAAUCCUUUCACUGGUGAAUUGAUGGCGGUAAAGCAGAUCUCGUUACCAAAAAAGAACUCCCCAGGUGAUGUGCAAAAGUCAAUGAUUGAGCAAGAACGUGAAAUGACGCUACUUAAACAAUUGAAUCACGAAAAUAUCGUGCGAUACUAUGGCCUGUCAACUGAUGAGAAUAAUUUGAACAUUUUCUUGGAGUAUGUUCCUGGCGGUUCUGUCCAGCUGAUGUUGAAACUGUACGGGCCUUUUGAGGAGCCAUUGAUUCGUAAUUUUAUUCGACAAGUACUUAUCGGAUUGGCAUACCUUCAUGGCGAGGAUAUUAUACAUCGAGAUAUCAAGGGGGCAAAUAUCUUGAUUGAUAUUAAAGGUACCGUGAAGAUCGGUGAUUUCGGGAUUUCGAAGAAAGUCUCUCUCGAUGAAGAUGGCCAACCAUCCCAACAAGUUCAGCCCCCACGCAGACUGUCUCUUCAAGGUUCGGUAUACUGGAUGGCACCUGAGGUUGUAAAACAGACUGCAUACACCAAGAAAGCUGAUAUUUGGUCAGUUGGCUGCCUUAUCGUCGAAAUGUUCACUGGGAAGCAUCCGUUUCCCGAGUUUAGCCAAAUGCAAGCCAUCUUUAAGAUUGGAACGCAUAUCAGUCCACAAAUUCCAGAAUGGUGCACUAUGGAGGGAAAAGACUUUUUGGGGAUGACGUUUGAGUUAGACUACAAUAAGCGUCCCGAUGCAGUUGACUUGUUGGCCAUGCCAUUCUUAAAUCCCUUGAUUAUGAGUAAAAGUUGA